AUGGGUUUGGACCUGGAGGCCAAUGGGGACGAACACCCCUUUCUUAUGAAUGAGACGGUCGAGCACCUUUCCUGGAAAGGCGUCACUGUCAGUGUUAAGGAUAGAGAAACAAAACAGCCCAAAGCUAUUCUCCGCGAUGCUACCGGUUAUGUAAACAAAGGUGAACUGAUGGUGCUCAUGGGCCCGUCAGGAAGCGGGAAAACGACUCUAUUGAAUGUACUCGCCGGUCGAGCCAAUAGUCUGCGUGAUGGGGUUAACGGUGAGGUUCUCGUCAAUGGCCGGGCAGCAUCGAAAGAGACGUUUAGGCAUCUGAGCUCCUAUGUGGAGCAGGAGGAUGUGCUUAUCGGGUCAUUGACAGUGGAGGAAACGCUGUACUUCGCGGCCCAGCUGUCGCUCUCCAGAUCCAUCCCAAAGAAGGAUCGAAUCCAGCGUAUCAAAUACCUUCUCAACUCAUUCGGUAUCCAGAAUCAGGCUAAGACCUUGAUCGGAACCCCAAUUCGCAAGGGAAUCAGCGGUGGCCAGAAACGCCGUGUCAGUGUGGCUGCUCAAUUGAUUACCUGCCCUAAGAUCAUCUUCUUAGACGAGCCUACCAGCGGCUUAGAUUCCACCGCCAGCUAUGAGGUGAUGUCGUUUGUGAAGGCCCUAGCCAGGAAGAACAAUCCGUCCACCUCAAUGUUUGAAUCAUUCGAUAAGCUUCUCAUUCUGUCUGCAGGAAAGACCUGUUACUUUGGGCCCGGGAAGGACAUGAAGGCAUACCUUGACAAAACAGGACACCCGAUGCCCGUUCAGAUAAACCCGGCAGAGUUUGUGCUGGAUCUUGUCAGCACGGAUUUCGCAACCGACACGGAAGAGGCUGAAGCUCAAUUGGCCAAAAUACACCAGGAAUGGGAAGAUUCAGAAGAGUCUUCAAAUGUGAAUCUCGAGAUAUCCAGGCUGACUACCCUGUCCGAGAAAGAAGAGAACAUCACCCUUUCGGCAGACCAGUUGCAACAUGUUAACAUCGUAUCGACUAUCGUCACGUUGCUGCAUCGAUCUUUUAUCAAGGGCUGCCGUGACGUUGUUGCAUACGGCAUUCGAGUUGCAAUGUAUCUUGGCCUGGCUAUCAUGGAGGGUACUGUCUGGCUGCGACUUGGGACUGGCCAGGAAAACAUUCAGCCAUACAUCAAUGCUCUGUUCUUUUGCUCCGCUUUCAUGUCAUUCAUGGCGGUUGCAUAUGUGCCUUCGUUCCUUGAAGACCGCGCAACGUUCAUCAAAGAGCGAGCCAAUGGUCUCUAUGGCGCAACUUCGUUCGUGAUAUCCAAUUUCCUCAUUGGAAUGCCAUUUUUAUCUGACCCCAUUGCAGUCAUGAUCACGAUAAUAUUCUCUGUUGUAGCAUACUGGCUUGUGAACUUCCGCUCAGGCGCAGACACCUUCUUCACGCUGGUUAUGUGGCUCUUCCUCGACCUGCUUGCCGCCGAGUCCCUUGUCGUCAUGAUAGCGUCUCUAUUCCCUAAUUUUGUGGUUGCUUUGGCCCUCACGGCCUUCACAAACGGUAUCUGGAUGAGCGUUGGCGGCUUUAUGGUCGCCCCAGCAAUCCUGAACGUGUUCUGGAGAUACGUCUUCCAUUAUAUAGACUACCAGACGUAUGUAUUCCAAGGGAUGAUGGUGAAUGAGUUUUCUGGCCGUGUCUUCGACUGCGGCAAGUCGUGUCAGUGCAUGUAUGCCAGUGAGCUUGCGUCUCAGUGCCAGAUUUCAGGAAAGGGUAUUCUGAACUCCUUUGGAUAUGCCACCGACAAGCAAGCACAAUGGGCAGGAAUCCUCAUUUCGAUCACUGCAGUAUAUCGGAUCCUGGGAUGGAUUGUCCUGUACAUGAAGAAGACUUGA